AUGCCCCUGGAGCUGGUGGAUUUUGGUGGUUAUGAUGGGUACUGUGGGUGCUGCCGGGUGCUGAUGGCACUGAUGGGUACUGGUGCUGAGGGGCACUGCUGGGUGCUGGUGGUUGCCGAGGGGCACCGUUGGGUGCCGGCGGUGCCGUGGGAGCCUCGGGCGCCGUCGGGCGAGACCUCGGCGACCUCUGUCCGCGGUUCCCGGCAGGAGCCGCACCGAGAGGGCCCUUCCCGGCAGCGGGUCGCGGGGCUGAGUCAACGCGGAGCAUCCCGGGCUCCCGGUACCGGAUGCGGCUCCGCUCUUCGGCCUCGGGGGGAAGAGGAGCGGGUGCGGGUGCGCGCACAGGGGCAGGAGGGGCUCGGGCAGGGGCUCCGGGUGUCGGUGCGUGCCCGGCUGUGUGCGGGGCUGAGCGCGGCGGCAGCGGGGAACGGGACCGGCAGCGUGUCCAGCACCGGGCUCCGCGGCUCCGCUGUCCCCGUCCCCGCUGCCCCCGUUCCCGGUCCCUCCGUCCCUGCGGCUCCCCCCCCCGGUCCCUGUCCCGGGGCCGCGCCGGGGCUGCGCCUUCCUGCCAGGUGGGGCCGUGCCCCAAUUGCGGCUUCCCCGGCGCUCGCUGCCGCUGUGGUUUGCAGCCCCCGGCGUCCGGUUCGGCCGAACCUGCGCAGGGCACCGGGGGGCACCGGGGGGUCCCGGGGGCACCGCAACCCCCAGGCCCCAGGGAUGAGCCCAUCGGUGACGAGCGGGGCCCCGGAUACCAACGGGGUCCUGGGGGGAACGUGGGAGGCAGAUGUGGCCCCACACAGGACACCCCACAUCGAGGUGAUUCCCUGCAAGAUCUGUGGGGACAAAUCCUCGGGGAUCCACUACGGCGUCAUCACCUGUGAGGGCUGCAAGGGCUUCUUCCGGCGCAGCCAGCAGAGCAGCCUGAGCUACGCCUGCAGCCGGCAGCAGAACUGCCCCAUUGACCGCACCAGCCGCAACCGGUGCCAGCACUGCCGCCUGCAGAAGUGCCUGCGCCUCGGCAUGUCCCGCGACGCCGUCAAGUUCGGCCGCAUGUCCAAGACGCAGCGGGACCGGCUGCAGGCCGAGGUGCAGCAGCAGCUCCAGCAGCGGCAGCGGGCGGCAGAGGGGGCACCGGGGGGGCUGCCGGGGCACCGGAGCCUCGCGCUCAGCCCCACCGGCCCCCGGCACGGUGGCACAGACGGCAGGGCUGGGACCACGGCACUGGUGGAGCCACGACAGAUGGAGGGGAGCAAAAGGAGCCUGGAUGGGGCUGGGGACAGACACGGGGAUGGGGACAGCUUCUACCCCCACCCCGAUGCUGGCACCGUCCUGGAAUCAUCGACAUCCUCCAGUGUGGAGAUCGAGCAGCUCACCCAGAACGUGCUCAAGUCCUACCAUGAGACGUGCCAGCUCCGUGCCGAGGACCUGCAGCGCCGGCGCUGGGACACCUUCUCCUCUGAGGAGAUCUGCGCCUACCAGAAGAAGCCAACGGAGGAGAUGUGGCAGCGCUGCGCCGGGCGCAUCACCGAAGCCAUCCAGCACGUGGUGGAGUUUGCCAAGCACCUGCGUGGCUUCAGGGAGCUCUGCCAGAAUGACCAGAUUGUCCUCCUCAAAACAGGCGCCAUGGAGGUGGUGCUGGUGCGCAUGUGCCGCGCCUUCAACGCCGACAACCGGACCGUGUUCUUUGAGGGCAAGUACGCCAGUGCCGAGCUCUUCCGAUCGCUGGGCUGCCACGAGCUCAUCGGCUCCAUCUUCGACUUCGCGCAGAGCCUCUGUGCUCUGCAGUGCUCGGAGCCCGAGGUUGCCUUCCUCAGCGCCCUCGUCCUCGUCAACGCCAGCCGCCCCUGCCUGCAGGAGCCGGUGCAGGUGUCGCGGCUGCGGCGCCGCCUGGAACUUGCCUUCCAGCUGCUGCUGCGGCGGACGCGGCGCGAGGGGCUCCUGGACAGGCUGCCGCCGCAGGGCCGCCUGAGGGCGCUGUGCUCGCAGCACGUGGAGCAGCUCCAGGCCCUGCGCCGCCGGCACCCCCCGGCGCUGCUCGACGCCUUCCCCCCCCUCUACCGGGAGCUCUUCGUCGGGGAGACCGAAGGCACCGGAGCCGCACGAUGA